AUGAUGGCAACAAUGGUAACCUCAGAAGAACUCGAAUGUCGUGACAUUCUCAACGAUGUUGGUAUCUUCUUCUCUGAAGACUUUGGCCUACUCGAAUCAGGCCUGACGGAUGGCGGCGAUGACUUCAAUGAUUUCAUGCCGAUCUCCAUGACAAGUCCAAGCACAACCAAGCAUAUCCGAGUUUCCCCUCCUACCACUCCGGAAAUGCCAGCAUCAGAUGCCUUGAAGGAGCUCGAAGCUCUUGCUUCCUCCAUGCCAAGAAGCGUUUCUCAGUUCUCAUUCCUGAAUCACCAACCACUACAAGGCAUGCCGUCGCUACCUACCCUCAUGCCAGUUCCCACAACCAUGAUGCCUGCUUCUGCUAUGCAGCGUGCCGUCAGCGAUAUCUCAAUGACUACGGCCCAAAGCCCACCAGCUGUUACAAACAGCAGAAAGCGCUCCGUGCAAGGAAUGCUGCAGACACAGGCUGAUCCCGAAGAACAAAUCAGACGAAACCGAAACAGAGAACAUGCCAAGCGCAGUCGUCAAAGAAAAAAGGCUUUCACUGACGACCUUACAAGCACAUUGGAGGCACUCCGUGAGGACACCGAAAAGCUUCGUCAAGAGCUAUAUUCCGCUCUUGGCAAAGAAGAAGUGGAAUCCAUCUUGGAAGAACAAAAACAAAAGAGACAAGAUGAUUUCCUUGCCGCCGUCAAGGACCCAAAAAACCGAGUGUUGGAUGCAUCUGCUAUGAAGUUCCUAAAGGGUCUUUCGAAAAAGCUACCAAAGAACAACGAGGACUAA